UAUUAGAAGAAAAGUAGAAGUGUGAAGAUUAUGGCAAAAAAUACCAAUAUGCGGUGGAAGCUGCCACUUAUCUGCAUUACAUUUGAGAUUGCCAUGAUUGUCCUUUUUGGAAUUUUUGUACGUUAUGAUAUACAAUCUGAUCCAUUAUGGAAAAAAUACAUGCAGGAUAAGGGCAUCAGCAGCGAUAAUGAAAAUGAUUUUUACUAUAGAUACCCAAGUUUUCAAGAUGUCCAUGUCAUGAUCUUUGUUGGCUUUGGCUUCCUGAUGACCUUUCUGAAAUUAUAUGGCUUUGGCAGUGUUGCGUUCAACUUUUUGCUUGCUGCUUUUGGAGUACAAUGGGCUAUUCUAAUGCAGGGUUGGUUUCAUACCUUUGAAGGUGGCAAGAUUCACGUCAGUGUAACAAGCCUCAUCAAUGCUGAUUUCUGUGUGGGAUCUGUGUGCAUUGCCUUUGGCGGAGUUCUGGGGAAAGUCAGCCCUGUACAAGUAAUGCUGAUGACCUUGUUCCAAGUGACACUCUUUUCAGUGAAUGAGUAUAUCCUUCUUGACAAGCUCCAUGUUAUUGAUGCUGGUGGUUCUAUGACUAUCCACACAUUUGGGGCAUAUUUUGGAUUGACAGUGGCCUGGAUCCUAAAGCGUCCAAAAUUAAGCCAAAAUAACAACAAGGAAGGAUCAGUGUACAGCUCUGAUAUCUUUGCUAUGAUUGGAACGUUGUUUUUGUGGAUGUACUGGCCCAGCUUUAAUUCAGCUGUCUCCAAUCAUGGCGAUGCUCAGCACAGAGCUGCUAUUAAUACAUAUUGUUCCCUGGCUUCCUGUGUUCUCACGACUGUUGCCAUCUCCAGUGUAGUCAGCAAAAAGGGUAAAAUCGAAAUGGUUCACAUUCAGAAUGCAACCCUGGCUGGAGGAGUGGCAGUUGGGACAGCUGCAGAAAUGGCACUUACUCCAUAUGGAUCACUGAUAGUUGGAUUCAUAUGUGGAAUUGUUUCUACACUUGGAUAUGCCUACCUUUCACCUCUCUUGUCCUCAAAAUUAAAUCUCCAAGAUACUUGCGGGAUCCAUAAUCUCCAUGGAAUGCCAGGUAUAAUCGGAGGGAUUGUCGGAGCAGUAACAGCAGCUGCAGCCACUGAAGGAGUGUACACAGAGGCUGGUCUGGUAGAACUUUUCAGGUUUAAAGAUGAAUAUGCUUCUAGAACACCCAGCAUACAAGGAGGAUAUCAAGCAGCAGGAAUAUGUGUGUCUUUGGCCUUUGCUUUUGUGGGAGGAACUCUAGUAGGAUUAUUCCUGAAAUUACCAUUCUGGGGAGAUCCUUCAGAUGAGAACUGUUUUGAUGAUGGUGUCUACUGGGAGCUUCCUGGAGAGGACCCCGAGUAUGCAGAGCCUAGCAACAACUACAUCACUCAUCUACCUGAAACAAUGAAGGAAAUUGAUAAAAAUGUACCCUAGAUCAAAGCCUAGAUCACCGAGUA